AUGAAAUUCUCCGAGAUCAUCACCUUCUCCGCUGCCCUUGCGACCUCCGCCAGUGCCAGCCCCGCGAAGCCAAACGUGCUGAGCAUCUCGCACAUCACAUCCAGCACCAACGGUGUCACUUGCACCUUCGAAGGCGUCGACAACAGUGUGACUUCGCUGAGUGGAGCUGGAUCCGUUGAUGUCGGCCCUCCUCAGACUCAGGUCUCUGGACACUGCAGCAAGCUGUGGCGCCGUAAUGCCCAACCUCAGCGCCGCAACACCGUCUUCGUUACAUUCGAGGGUGCUGCUGAUGCCGAAUUUAGCCAGCACUUCCCUACUGACGGUACUCCCACCAAAAUCUGGAACCCUCUGAGCAUCUCUCAUAUCCAGAUUAACCAGGCCGGUGUCUCUUGCACCUUCAAUGGCAUUGAUAACUCCGUUACCUCUCUCACUGGACCCGCAACUGUUGAUGUCGGCCCUCCCCAGACCCAGAUUGAGGGUACCUGCCAUGCUUAG